UUUUCUCCACGUUUCCGGUUCUAAAUUUAAGACUAGACGGAUUAGCUCCUACACGCUAACAGCUGGUAGCUGUAGAAACUGUCUUUAAAACUUUUAACUUUAAUUAAAAAUAAGUAAAAACCUGUCGGUAAGAGUCCACAAACACACGACCACCAAUGUAGUGAUGGUGACUACUAGCAAUUUGGUUCGAGUAAAAAAAAAACGAUACCAAAAACGAUAGGAAGCGAACAGGCUAAAGGCAACGCCAGGAUAAUCACUCAAACGCACCACAGUAAACUUUUCCUAAAAACGUAACAUUUAAAAAGACUCAAAUACACAAGAAAUUAGUCAUAUCGGACAAACUCAACACCUAAAAUAUUAUAAGUAUAUAAUAUAAGUUAUAAACUACUGGUUGUUAAAGAACAAUUUGACUUACAACGUUUUGCUGUAGCUGGUAGUGAGGAAGGAAACAUAUAAACUAUGACCACAGCUGAAAUGGUGGACCGGCUGGCUAACAGUGAGGCUAACUCCAAGCGGAUCGCUGUGGUGGAAGGCUGCUUUGGUGCUGCGGGUCAGCCAUUGGCCAUUCCUGGCCGAGUCCUGAUCGGAGAGGGCGUCCUCACUAAACUCUGUCGCAAAAAGCCCAAAGCGCGACAGUUCUUCCUCUUCAAUGACAUCUUGGUUUACGGGAACAUCGUCAUUCAGAAGAAGAAGUACAACAAGCAGCACAUCAUCCCACUGGAGAGUGUCACCAUCGACACGGUGCCUGACGAGGGUGACCUACGCAACGGUUGGCUCAUUAAGACACCCACUAAGUCUUUUGCCGUCUACGCCGCCACGGCCACCGAGAAGUCUGAGUGGAUGAACCACAUUGGGAAGUGUGUAGGAGACCUGCUGCAAAAAAGUGGAAAAUCUCCCAGCGGCGAGCACGCUGCCGUCUGGGUCCCUGAUUCCGAGGCCACUGUGUGCAUGCGCUGCCAGAAAGUCAAGUUUACGCCCGUCAGCCGCCGCCAUCAUUGUAGGAAGUGUGGCUACGUGGUUUGCGGGCCAUGUUCAGAGAAGAAGUACCUCCUGCCCAGCCAGUCUUCCAAACCCGUCAGAGUCUGUGAGUACUGCUACAUUCAGCUGACAUCGGGGCCCCGCUCCGACUCCAUUGGUCGACCAGGCUUAAAGUUUGGGAACAACCUGACGGACGACGAUGAUGACGACGACGACAGCAGCGACUGAGGAAAGAUGUGUUCUCCAGACUUACCGAUCCAUUCUUAAGUCCUAAAGGAACUUUUUCUCUCUGAGUUUCACCCUGAUGUGAAUAUUAAUCUAAGAAUUUGUUACUGAUUAACUAAUAUUUGUUUUUCUGCAAUAAGAAUUUUUUCAUUAUUUUCUUAAUUCUAGCAGGGAAGGUGGUUUCCUGAAAUGUUGAAUCAUUGAGAGGCAGCAGAGAAGUGAGAGCUUUUUUCGUCACUACAGAAGGCCACGGUGCUUACAAGAAAAUCCCGAAACUUCCUAAAAUGUGUACGAUCCUUAAAUUUUUUCCUUUAUUUUUCUGUCCAAAAAGUAAAUGUCGCACCUCUACUCAAGUUUCUUCAGGAAACAAAAACACAUUUCUCUUUGUACACUAAGCUGGUGUUUUGUCCUAAGAGUCUCUUCGUAGUUUCCAUUUCAAGUGGAACCCAGUUUUGUUUUUUUUGUUUUUUUUUUUUUUUAGCAUACGUCUCUGUCGUUAACAUUGGUCAUCACAUGACUUGUGUCAGUGUGAGAGCAUACAACAUAUUUGUUGGUGUUUACUUUUUACAGACACAGAUAUCAACACUUUUUUUUCCAUUCACAUCUCUUACAGACGCUUGUUUCUUCCUCUGACUUUUUGCUGUGGUUCAAAGUCAAUUUACAUUCUUCCUGUUUUUUCACAAUGUGCCUUAAUUGCUUACCAAAUCCGUUACUCAGGACUGUUGGAUUUGACUGAUGUCACUUCCUUUCAAGGCCAGAAGUGACUCAUCCACUGUGCUGUACCUGUCUUGGCCUCUAGUUGUUGAGCAGCGUGUCCAUUGUAGGGCGGUGUCUGUUCUGGGCCAGAAACAUAAUUGUUCAACCAUAAAACUUCCAAAGUCUGAUGCCUUUAAACAAGCAAAAUAUAAUCCAGAUCCAGUUUUGUUUUUUUUUCCUGUCAGACGUGUCUGAGUAAAGGCGAUUGGUUCAAUUCAAGCCUUUAAUUCAAUCAGGAAUACUUUUGUAGUAUGUUUAAGGUAGUAUGUUUGUUAAGGUAGUAUCUUUGUUAAGGUUUUUUUACUUCUCUUUUUUUCAAUGUCCACGGUGGGGGCUUUACUGUAGACAGGAAGUUGGCACAUGCACCUCCUCUUAGCAACAUGACAAACUGCCCAAGCCACAAAUCCAAAUACCCCUUGUUGUUAAACUGAAAGGUGCAGACAUGUGAUCAUGUGACAAGUCAAGCAGGAAGUGAGAAAAGUUUGUCAUUUUUUUAAAACAGCUGCGACAGGUUUGAAAACAGCCAAUGAUUUAAAAACAUGGUGUGGAAAAACCUUCGACAUCAGGAACUGGUACUGAUUUUUUUUACACUAAUGUUAAAGGGAAACUCCACCGGAGCUGUGGAUGGCGCUGUAAUAAAUAAAUCUUAUCACCUGCUCAGAGUUUACAAAAAGU